GCCACUGGCCCCGCUUGCCCCACUUGACCCCAGCAAUGGAAGAAGCAAUAGAUGGUGCGGAAUAGGAGCCUUGUUCAGCAUAAGCCUAGUGUGUUCAGGACAGUCAAGAGGAAGUUGAGGAGAAAGAGCAGCAGAAUCAAGAGCUGCGAAAGAAGUUGGAGGAUCUGAAAACAAGCGCCAAAAGCUGAGAGUUUCGGCUAAAGGGCAGCUGCUGCAGUGCUUGGGAGCUCGGUGGACACUCCAUCUCAGCGCUGCGUGUUUGCCGCCGACUUCUGGUACACCUCACCAAUGAAGGACAGUCAGACCUUGACGACGCCUUAGGUGGCGACUUGGGUGAGCUUUCUGGGACUUUCUCACCACAGGAGCUCCUGCAAAGGCCCAAGUUCCUCCACUACGUGCAUUUUCUUCAAGCCGCCCUUGGCAAAGGUCCUGAUGAUGGAAACCCUCCUCCAGCUGAAGGACAUGACGACGAAGGAGAUGAGGAUGCUGUGCAGCUGCUGCAUCGCGCAGCUGCGGCAGGCUCCAGAGUCCUCAUUGACUUCCUUGUGGGUCAAGGCCUGGCUUCUGCGGAUGGCCACUGUAGCAUGAAACGCCUGAAGGCGCAAACCCGGGCGCAACGCUCUUUGCAACAGACCGGCAAGGAUGGCUUGCGGCCAACAUCGCCUCUCCACACAGCCGCAUCAUCUCCAAAUGGUGCGAAGGCCGUCCAGGCGCUCUUGGAGCAUCGUGCGACGGUGACGGCCACGGAGGGUCAUGGUGUCAUGGCUUUGCACCUGGCCUCACGGAAUUCUCAGGUCGUGGAGCUUUUGCUUGAUGCCAAGGCCCCUUUGGCAGCCAAGGACCUCAAUCAGCAGACCGUCCUGCAUUUUGCAGCACGUGCAGGUGCAACUGAAACUUUGGCUUUGCUGCUAAAGCGAUGGAUGGCAGAUGAGAAAAUUACUUCGCAAGGUUCACGGGUCUAUGGAGGUCCAUUGGAUUGGCGAGAUCGAUGGCACCGUACUCCCCUUCAUUGGGCUGUGUUGAACGGACACGUAGCCGCCUCCAAGGCCUUGCUGUCUGCGCGAGCCAAUGCAGAUCCACCGAAGGUUCGUGCAUAUCGUCAUGAACGAAGCACUACUUUGAGGCACGAAAGUCCGCUGGAGAUCGCCUUGCGCUUGGGUGCUGCCGAGAUAGCACAGCUCUUGCAGAGCUCAGCCGGGUAG